ACCCGGCAUCGGACCGCCCUGGAACGUCUCGUCUCUGUGAAGACUGAAGCAAUGCGGAUUCAAACGGAAUCAAACAGAAGCUCGCCUCAUCCAUGGCGUGUAAAGUGAACACUGUAGAUUAGAAUAGACCGCUUUAAGAGCAGUGCUCUUACGCUCUUGGUGCUUUAUCAAACAAUAACACUUAUGCGUAAUUGUAAGAAAUCCAGGCCAGGAUUUUGAAUAUCUGAAUAACAGCCGUUCUCUGGGCUCUGAAAAGGACACUUUCAAGUUGCAGCCGGUCAGAGCGAGCCUUGUGGGAAGGGGGUGUGUUGAAAUUUGGCAAAGCUUCCUGUUCGUCGUUUGAAUAGCACUGCUGAAUCUCCAUCAGGAGUUCUUCAAAGCAGUCAAGAAGAUACAAGGUGCAAGGAAGGGAAAAUGGUGCCGAAGACCAGGCUUGGGAAACGGUCCCCACUGGGCACCCUGGUGUGUGGUUCCUCAGCUGAGGGCCUGACAGAAACGGGACCCCUUGGAUGCCCGGAUAGUGGGCCUCACAGAAGAAAGCUUUACCCAGGACAGAAGGUGUAUGUGCACUGCGGAGGCCACGAAUGUGGAGGUGUGGUCGAACAGCAUAACCACGUGGACAAUGAAGUGUCUAUCUUCCUGCCGCAGCUCAACCAGCACGUUCAUCGCAAGCUGGAAGACGUGUGGACGAGCCCCACAUCCAGUCAUACCUCCUCAGUCUCCUCGUCCAUUGAUGUGCCAAGAAGGAGUCCAGAGACAGUGGACAUGGAUGAGAUUAUGGCUGCAAUGGUGCUUACAAGUCUGUCGUGCAGUCCAGUCAUCCAGCACUCAGCCCAGGGGAGCGCAACUCAAGCUUCAUGUGGAAUAGAAAAUGGUGGUGGCGAACUGUAUGAUGGUGGAUAUUGGAGCUGCGACCAUGGAAACGGAAGCCCCGCCCCAUCCCCACCCAUCGCAGAGAUGGACAAGAGCGCCCCUCACGUUGAUGAAGGCCUGGACAUGGAACUGGACCAAAUGUUGUUUAAUGAGCCAACGCCAAGGAAACGCAAGAACUCAGUAAAAGUUGCAUAUCGGUGCUUGUGGCCAAACUGUGGAAAAAUACUGACCACAGUAGUGGGCAUCAAACGUCACAUCCGAAAUUCUCAUCUUGGACAAAGUGAUGAGCAUUCCCAAAGGGAAGAAGACUUCUACUACACUGAAGUCUAUCAGGACUUGGAACAGACCACUCCCUCUGGUGGCCACCGGCCCUCCUGCACUUCUCCAUCCAGUCCCAGCCGGCACAGGCCCCCCUCUCCCACCACCCCGGAGAUGCUCCAGCUCAGCCCACUCAGCCAGUCCGCCCCUGGCAGCUUCUGGCAGGUCCAUUCUGAGCACUCUUACCAGGCUCCUGCACCCGUUCAGGUUGUGACUCCGAGCAAACCAGUGUCUAUUCCUGUGUCCUGUCAUUGGACUCCAUCUCUCACAGUUCACCAGAGCAAACAGGGCUCACCAUUCCGCCGUCGUUCAGUGAGUGUUGGUGAACAGUGGCUCCAGAAUAACAAUGCCACCUUCAGGCCACUUCCUGCCAGUGUUUCACCUCCAAGAAACCAUUGCACUUCAAGGAGGAUUCGGGGUGAAGCCAAGAAAUGCCGGAAGGUGUACGGCAUUGAACACCGAGACCAGUGGUGCACCGCCUGCCGCUGGAAAAAGGCAUGUCAGAGAUUCCUCGACUGAAUCCUUCUUUAGAUUGAUGGAAACAGAACACUAACCUUAUAGAGACCCACAAGAGGGGAUUGUACCUGGAACUAUGGUUGGAAGAAACCAAAAGAGCACCUUUUGUGACUUAAGACUUUUUCAGCUUUCAUUACAAUUGCGUGUUUUUU